CUUUCAACAUUCGUUUCGGUAUCUCACUAUGGGACACGACCCCAGCGCUGUCCCCCAGAAGCUCUAUUACACUACGCCAGUCCUGACUGGCCAGCAAAAGUGACGUCGGCUCCAGGAGGAGGUACUUCCUCCCUCUAUAAAAGCUGACGUCAUGCAAGCGAUCUUCAGUCUAACACCUCUUCUCGCUCCCAGAAGCAACUCUCAGACAGCUAAUACGGUACUAUUGAGCUAGCUUAACUGUUCACAGAGCGAGCUAACAACUCGGUCGCCGAACGCUUCUCAAUAGCUGUGCUUGGUUGUACUGAGUUCUUCUACCGCUGGUCUGUCACCAAACAGCAGCAACUGCAGCUAGUCUCCAAACUAACUGCGCCCCUUUUGCUUUGGUUUUAAACGAAGCUAAUAGUCGCGAAGCUUGGACCUGUACUCACCAUGGACAGACCCAAACUACCGGCUAGAGCAUGCACAUGUGGCAACCUCAUUGCUGGGGCAGAUACCCAUUCUGUCUGCGCUUCGUGUCUUGGGCCGCAACAUGCCCAAGACGGGUUAGCGUCGCCAGCGAGCUGCGAACACUGUGCACGGCUCUCCGUUAAAACUCGUCGGCGCAGGCUAGCACGCCAAGCUAGCUUGUCAGAGGCGGACCCUGUGCUGGGGGUAUCCAACCCCCCCGCACCGGUUCUUGCCGUGACUGAUGAGGGAGAGCCCCCGUUAACUCAAGUCAGUUGGGGUGACCAACUUGAUGCUGUCGCACCCCUUCUUGAUAUGGAGGAAGACGAAGCCGACCCCCCGGCGUUCAGUAAUUUUGCUGGUGCAGAAUCUGACUCCGAGGUGGAAUCCGUUAGUCUCGGGUCGGACGACUACGAGCAGGACGGCGAGGCAUUCUCCAUCCCGUCGGCUGCAAAGCCAACGGAAGCUGGUGAAGCCCACUGCAGCGGCCCCCCAAACCCGACUGCAUCAGAUUUGCACGAUGUCUGCAGAAGAGCAGCUGCAAAGCUGGGCAUUGAAUGGCCGGAAACCCCGACCGAGACCACCACGUCUCGGUAUGAGGGGAAAAGGCUUCCAAAAGCCAAAUCUUCCGCCAGACAACUGCUGCCGGUUUUCCCAGAGUGCCUUGAGGAAGCAACCCGGUCCUGGACUAACCCGCUCACCGCCAAGAACCCCGUUCUGGGAGGGUCGGCGCUGGACUGGACCGGCAUGGAAGACAGCGGUUUCCUCCGUCUGCCCCCUGUUGAACCUCAGCUGGCAUCCCACCUGCACCCCUCGCAGAAAUCGACCAUGACAGCGGCAGGACCAACCCUCCCGUUCAAGGCCGAUUCGUUUCAGUCAGCUUUAAACGAAAAAAGCUACAAAGCAGUAGCAACAUCGGUUAAAGCCCUGAACGCCUCAUCACUUCUCCUCGCUUAUCAAGCAGAACUACAGGAGCAGAUGACGGGUGCACCGACCGCAGAUCUGUGGGACGAGUUGUGCGUGGUGACAGACCUCUGCCUGCGUCUCCAUAGAAACGCUGUCCAGGCCUCAGGGAGAGCGAUGGCUCUGAUGGUCACUCAGGAGAGAGCUAGAUGGUUGAAUCUGUCUAGUCUGUCUCAAAGAGAAAAGAAUCACCUCCUCGACACUCCGGUGGACCCGAAGGGUUUAUUCGGCCCCACCGUUGCAGCGAUGCAAAAACGUUGUGAGGAGAAGAAGAGAGAAGGUGAAGCGCUGCAACUCUGCCUGCCCAGAAGAGCGCAGCCUCCUCCCCCCGCGGCACCUCGUCAGACGUUUGCUCAGGCGGCGGCUCGACCGGUCUACCGCAUCCCUAAGCGCCAACCGAGCUCAAAGGUGCAUGGGGACGAAAGCCCUUCGCGCCACCGGUGACUUCGGGAACCAAACCUCCGGCCACCGCGAGCGCGAAGAAAAAGAGGCGGGCUACCUAGGAAGCUAGCCUCGGGAUGGGAGAGCGGGCACUGCCAGACACCUGCUCCCCUCCCACCGGGAAACGUUCUGUCCCAGUUCGAGUUUGUAAAGCCACGUUCAGGGCAAUUCAAACGGCCUGCAGAGCCAGCGUUGGAGCUCACA